AUGUCCAAGGUGCACAUGGGAUUGGAAAAUUUUAGCAACAAAUUAUCUACAAACUAUUCAAUAUUUGUAAGGGAAGGAGACCCAGACCAAGAUUUAUUUAUCAAAUUUAAUAAUGAAGUAUUGAACAAUAAGGUUGUCGCUAAAAGAUUAAUAAAUUUACCCACUGAAGAAAGAGUCACUAAAUUGAAAUACUGGCUCGAAAUAUUGAGUAGCAUGAAACAUCUUUACGAUGAAAAUUGUAAUUUAUUUGUUGAUGUUGAAACUGUUAAAAAUCAUUUUGCAGAUAUAGUAGAUAAAGAAGAAAAAUUAACAAUCACAGAGUCAUUUGAUGCUUUAACUGAAUGUUUGGAUAUUGCUUAUGAUGAAUGUACCACUUUACCCAAAGAUGGUCCAUUAUGUGUCAUAAAAUCUCCCAAAGCAAUAUUGGAUCACGCGUUGAAAUCAAAAUGUGUACUUUUAGAUGAAGAUUCAAAAGAAUCUAUUACUCCAGAACAAGUUGAAAUAAUUGAAAAAUUUGAAAACAUAUAUUUAAGUAAAUCACAAGUUGUCAAGUUGAUUUUUAGAAUGGGAACACAGCGAGAAAGAAAUAUAUGGGGAUUGAUUCGUAUUUUAUACUGUAUGGUUGGAUGUUAUGAUGCUAAAGAAGAUGAUUUAUCAAAAUAUAUGGAUCAUGUUAAUGGUAGUUUAGGUUCAAGAGAUUUAAAAUAUAUACCAUACAUGAACCAAAUAUUUGAGUUAUACGAACUUCAUAGAGAUUGUGAUAUGGAAUCAACUCAAUCAGGAUUAGCUCAACCUGCAUUCAUUCAAUUUGGUGCUUACGAUUCAAAUAAAUUUCACUCACAAGCUGCCCAAAUUCAAGUCAAUCCUUUUCCAAUCCUACAAUCAAGGGUCCCUUUGAUGCCCAUCUCAAGUAACAUCCAAACAACUUCCUUAAAAAGAAAAAUAAGUGAUUCCACCCUGUUUAAUAAAAGACUCUUAAUCGAUUCAACAAAUCCUAGAGCUCAGUCGAACACUCAAUUAGUUCUCAACUUCGACAGAUUUAGUUCAGUUAUUUAUCCGGUUGUGCAAAUUGAGCAUAUGACUGCCGUUGAAGGUGCAACCAAUACGGCAAUGCAUACAAAAUCCGAAUUAUUGGAAGGACUUAGAGAUGCUUUAAAUGAACAUGAGCAAAGUUUGAGAGAUUUGUUCAAAAGAUCAAUUUCUCAAAAGAAGCAACUUUCUUAA